GGGGGCCCAGUUUUUGGGGGUGGGAAGGUGGCCACAUAUAAUUCAGGAGCUGUUGUGAUAGACCAGUGAACCUGUGGAGUAGUGCCAUUGUGGACUUGUUGGUUGGCACACCUGAGUGGCCCUUCUUUAGACCGAUAGGAUGGGUGAAUUCGUCCGGGACCCCUGUUUCAACAUCAUACCCAAAAACUCCACCUGCUUCAUCAUAUGGAGGGUCGAGGACCUCCAGCUGGUACCUCUGAAGAGGGAGGACUACGGCAAAUUCCACAAGGGCGACUCGUACCUCGUCCUGUCUAUGGGAGAAUUCAACAAGCCAGUUGGUGUCGAUGACAUCCCUCACCCACCCAAGGGCGCCCUGGACACCCACAUCCACUUCUGGCUGGGAUCCGAGACGAGUACGGAUGAGGCCGGGGUGGCAGCCAUCAAGACGGUUGAGCUGGAUGACAUGCUAGGGGGGGGCCCCGUCCAGCACAGAGAGACGGAGGGGAACGAAAGCAAGAGGUUCCUGGCCUACUUCAAGAACGGCCUCAGGCUGCUAUCCGGAGGGGUAACCAGUGGCUUGAGGAAAGUGACGGAUGAUUUCGAACCUUCCCUCUACCACAUCAAGGGCAAGAGGACCACCACCAUUACCGAAAUGCCGAGGAUCGAUUGGGAACUCAUGAAUGACGGCGAUGUGUACGUCCUGGACACGAAAACGAUCAUCUACGUCUGGACUGGAAGGUGUAGCAACAACAUGGAGAAGAUCCAGGGAGCCAAGUUCGCGACGACCCUGAAGCAGGAACACGGGGGCGCGGUCGUCGUGGUGAUUGAGGACGGGCAGGAGAGCCUCCUGCAGAACGAGGAGAGGAAGGGCUUCGAGAAACUCCUCCCCUUGGCGAAGAAGAAGACGAUUCCCGCUCACGAGGCUCCCAAGGACGAGACUGUGGCCAGACGAGUCUCGGAGGAAAUCAAACUGUACAAGUGUUCGGACGAGAGCGGCACUUUGAAGGUCAUCGAGGUCAAAAAUGGGCCCCUGUCCCAAUCUGACCUGCAUUCUGAGGACUCAUUCAUCAUAGACAACGGGCAGAGUGGCAUCUGGGUAUGGGUAGGAAAGAAGGCCAACAAGAAGGAGAGGGAGGAAGCCCUCAGGAAUGCCCAGGGAUUCGUAUCGAAGAAAGGAUACCCAGCCAGCACCCAAGUCUCCAGAAUAGUAGACAACGGUGAACCUCCUGAAUUCAAGAGUCUGUUCAAGGAUUGGAAGGACAAGGACGCCACCGUAGGAUUCGGACGCCAGACCUCCACCAACAAAAUAGCCCAUACAGUACAGACGAAAUUCGACGCUACGACGCUGCAUUCCACCCCCGCAUUGGCAGCCAAGACUCAGAUGGUGGACGAUGGCAAAGGAGAGAAGGAAGUGUGGAGGGUGAAGAACUUCGAACUGAUUCCAGUCCCUGAUAACGAAUACGGGCAAUUCUUCAUGGGCGAUUGCUACAUCAUAUUGUACGCGUACUUGGAAGGCUCUAAGGAACACUAUCUUCUGUACUACUGGAUUGGCAAUGAUGCCAGCCAAGACGAAGCAGGGACAGCUGCUCUCAAAGCGGUUGAACUGGACGACAAGUUGCAGGGUCGCGCCGUGCAGAUCAGGGUAACUCAGGAGAAGGAGCCUCCUCAUUUCAUGGCCAUUUUUGGCGGCAAAAUGGUGGUCUUGAAAGGCGGUUAUGCAUCUUCAUUUGACGGCGAAGGUACCAGAGAUGAGGGCAAGAAAUCGUCGUAUAUGCUACAAGUUCGAGGAACAACAAGCCACAACACUAAAGCAAUCGAGGUGGACAUGAGAGCGGGCUGCCUCAACUCCAACGACUGCUUCAUCGUGAUCACCCCCCAAAUCAGCUACGUCUGGUGCGGAAAAGGGUCCACGGGAGACGAGAGGGAGAUGGCCAAGACUUUAGCGACGGGGAAGGGCGAGACGGUUACCGUAUCCGAAGGCCACGAGAAAGAAGACUUCUGGGCCGUCCUCGGAGGCAAGGAGACCUACGCCAGCUCUGCCAAGUUGAAGGAUGAGUCCCCAGCCCACGCCCCUAGACUCUUCCAGUGUUCCAACGCCUCGGGCGUCUUCAAAGCCGAGGAAAUCAUCAACUUCAGCCAGAGCGACCUGAUCGACGAUGAUGUCAUGCUUCUCGACACCUGGGACAACAUCUUCCUCUGGAUUGGACACAACUCCAACAAGGGAGAACAGAGACAGGCGGAGACUCUGGCCCUGGAGUACCUUCGGACUGACCCAGCCGGCAGAGAGAGCGGGACGCCUAUCAUCAAGCUGAAACAAGGGUUCGAACCGCCCAAUUUCACUGGGUUCUUUGGCAUCUGGGACAACGACCUCUGGAAUAACGACAUGACCUACGCUGACAUCUGUGAGCGGCUGCAGGAACUUUCCCCUGGCUCCACAGUCCUAGUGACGUCCACAGCAGGAGGCAGCUCUGGUAGAAGAACGUACCCAGUUUCGGUCCUGCGAGAGAAGGACCCUGAGAAACUCCCCCAGGAAGUCGACCCUACGCGUAAGGAGGAAUUCCUUAGCGACCCAGACUUCAAAACAGUAUUCGGCGUCGACAGGGAGAACUUCGACUCCAUCCCACAGUGGAAAAGAAACAACCUCAAGAAGAAGGCGGGACUGUUUUAGACUCGUUUCCCGCUGCUGGUGUUGUUGUUAGUAUUAGUAGUAAGGAUGUGUCCGUGUGCCUUUGUAACGGCUCGAGAUCGUGUGCCUAUAAUCUGUAACGGCUCUUCCUAAUUUUUUGGAGGGUUAUAAAGAGGCAUAGUGUUUGCUUUACAUUCCGAGUUACCAAAAGAACAGUCAGAUCGUUAGUGUAUUUAUUACAAGUGUGCUUCUUGGAUCAUAAGCACUGAAACAAUUGAUAUUCAUGAUGACUGCGACUGCCAUUUGCACAUUUACUUGCAUCAUUCAUCUAUUCAAAGAUAGAUUCUACAUGAAUACACACUGGAUUUUUUUACUUCAGCUUUUUAAAGGUGAAUUAACAGAGCCGAGAAUAAGUGAACAGAGAUUGUAUAAAGUUUAUGAAUGUACAGAGUUAUAUUUUGAAAAUGGAUGAAAAGAAUAAUUUCUCCUACCUUGCACAGUACAGAAACUCCGGUGCACAAAUGUACUGACACUGCCUGAGGUAGAGCGAUAUCGAGUAUUUCGUAACUUUCAUUAUUAUCGUUGCUAAAAAUAAUGCAGUCGUUGUGUUACUUAACAAAUUUCAUCAAGCACUGUAAAUUUUGCAUGAACAAAAUACACAACUGUGAGCGUGUACCGGGGUGACCGGUCACAGUAGAAAUCUAUACAUCUGAAAGCUUUGGAGAGCAAAGUUUGUACGUAUUUCAUUUAAGUGUGCCCCAAAAAUUAUACUCUGCAGUUACACGAAGCUUCAAAAAUCGUUACAUACUGUUGCAUGGUCGCUGGUAUAACAUAUUUACAUAUUCAACUUGCAACCAAAUAUUAGUACCACUGUUUGCGCGGGAAAUGCAAAGGAAAAUGCUAUCUAGUCAAUUCCCAAGUGAGCACAAUAAUUGCCUGCUGUAAAUGAACGUAAUUGAGGCACUAUUAACCUACAUUCGUUGAUUUAUAUUGUAUAACUUAUUUUAUGCACAAAGGUUUUCCAUAAAUGACUUUGGCGUCAAGCAAUCACUCUCGCUUCAGAAUCACUCUAGGACUAUGUCUCGUAGACUAUCGAUCGUAUACACGGAUAACUUGCAAACUUUACUUAAGCAUAACGCCGGAAUUGAUGGAUGGCACGCAGGGUUUUAAAACUUCUUUUUGGCACAAAGUAAAAGAAAAAUAUUUCUAAGAUUCGUGCCAUCAGUUAACGUGUUCAGUCGAGGUAGGCCUACGAAUUCUCUAUAUGGCUUCUUUGGUACGUAACGUGCGCCCUACAUGUACAUGAUUCAGCAUUUUAGUCAUUUCACAUUGUAAUUUACUAACAAACAUUAAAAAAAAUCAACCUCCACCGAAAAUGAAGUACUCUCUUGCUCUACCCCUAAACUCCAAAUCCGCACAAGAAAUUAUAAAUAUAUGUAUUAGAAUCUUCCUUCACUGGGCAGGUGUCAGUAUAGAUGCAUUUUUUUGUGCUUUUUUUUAAACAUUAUUUCACGGUUGUGAUGUCCGCUUUACUGCGUCUAGAUUUUUUUCUAUGAUUAUAAUGUGAUGGUUAAUGCGUCUAAAUGGUGUAAAUAUAGAAUUUAAAGUUAAAA